GUUUGAUUCAUCCAACCACGGUGAGACCUGUCGUCGCCACGACAACCACCACGGUGCAAACCUCCACUGACAUACCGACCACGGCUACACCAACAACCACACAAACACAACCCUCCACGGCCGCCACCAACGCACAAAUCACGACGACGACGCAGCCGAGUACGCAGGCUCCCGCCACAACAACAGCUCCUCCCCCCCUCAUCAUCAUCGCCACGAUGCCGCCGCACCUACAACAACAACAAUGACAACAUCCACAACAACAACAACAACAACAACAGCACCCACAACAACAACAACAGCACCCACAACAACAACAACAGCACCCACAACAACAAUAACAACAGCCACAGCAGCUUUGACGACAACAACAGCAACUCCCUCUACUACAACAACAACAACAACUCCCUCUACUACAACAACAACAACAACUCCCUCUACUACAACAACAACAACAUCUGCUACAACAACAACAGCAACUCCCUCUACUACAAAAACAACAACAACUCCAUUCACAACAACUACAACUACAACUCCUUCUACUACAACUACAACUCCCUCUACAACAACAACAACUACAACUCCCUCCACCUCUACCCCUUUUCUUCCCAUCACUGAUUGGUCGACGGCGUCUCCGGCGGCGACGCUGGUCAUCGUCCCCAAAGGCGCCGAGCAGUCGGAGCACCCGCUGCAGAACGUGAGCGCUGGCCACGGGGACGGAGGCGGGGAUGGGGGCGGGGCCACGGCGGCGGCGACACGCGGAGCGUUAAAAACCGGCAUGGUGGCGUUCCUGGUGCUCGGCCUCGCCGUGCUCACGCUGGUUCUAGCCGCCGCCGGCCGCAAGGCGAUGGAGUCCUUCGACAGACGCCAUUACACGAGAUUGGAGCUCAACGACCUGCACUACGAGGUGUAAGGACGGACAAAACUCCACGGGACACGGCGGGGGGGACGGGGGGGUUCGGUUUCU